UCCAAGAGGAUGUUACGGGAACGUCUUCAAAAGGCGAUUCUGUAUGGAAACGAGACUGAAAUCCGAAAAGCUCUAAAUGACUUCGAGCUGCAUUUGAUUCCGGAUGAGGGAGAGCAAAUCCUGGCCAAGAAGAGGCUUGAAUUCUUCGCACUUCAGAAAGAACUUCGUAUUGCUACAAAACGCAGACAUCCGGAGACGAUCAAGAUAGUGCUUGCAAAGGGCAAAGCGUCCGAUUAUGCCCCGGAACUCCGGAAUGAACUUACAGAGGCGGAGAAUACCCUUGCUAACCUCAAAAAGCUUGACGGAUAUAACUUCCAUAUUAGGAAGUUGGACAGAGACAUUCUGGCAGAAAUGAAAACGUUUGUCCGACCAAAGCCAAUCGUAGUGGAUGUGAUGCGUGUAGUCUGUAUACUCCUCGGAGAGGAACCGGAUUCACUAAAGACCUGGGAAAAUAUCUUACCACAUCUUCACAAGAAAGGAACUGAUAGUUUACUCAACAGAAUAGACAAUCUGCGUGUGGGAUCCCUGGACCCGAGCCUUUUGGAGACAGUAGACGAUAUCCUCGGGCAAUAUUCUUAUAAGGACAUACGAGAGUCGAGUACAAACGUCGCUGCUUUCAACAAAUGGAUACAGCAGGUUUGUGACAAACGGAAGGCCAUAAUUGAAAAGGAACGAAAAGAAAUGUUGAACCGGAUACGGGGGAAACUACAAGCUCGUACCAAGGAGAUUGCAAAGGAAAAUCUAAUAGCAUCCCUAAUAGCUUAAUGCAAUGAGAAAAUAGCUUGGCUGUUGUCGAUACUAGAAAAGUAUCUUUAUCAAGUGGCAUUAAAAUAAUAAUGUGGAAUCAUUGAGACUUGUUAUAGCAUACGUUUGUAUCAUGGAAGAGGAAUGUAUCUGUAACAAUUUACAUUGGAAGCCGAAAUAUGCAUGUAACAUGAUAUUUGUGUUAUACGAUUGAAACAGAAGAAAUCCAGUUGAAACUCGAAUUUAAUGUACAACGAUGACAAUGAUACUGCAUCAGAAAACUAAAAGUGAUAUCUAAUUUGAAGAGGUGUUUAUUUUGUUAACAAAUAGCGAUUGAACACUGUGUUUGUUAGCUAUCGGAAUACGUCUUUUUCUUAGGUUAAACAAAUGGCGAAACAAAUUAUUGCAACUGAGCAUCAGUCCAAUAUUGAACGAUGGGACGGACCGCUUUUUAGAUUGUUGAGACGUAUUUUCGUCCCAAUACCACUAAUGAUCAGGUCAUCUUAGGGACAAUAUCCGAGUCAACUUUUAUAAAUAAAUAUAUACCAGUCUGAUGAAUCUUUACUCUAACGAUAGUAGCAGUAUCUUUUUUUUUGCAAAAAACAAAUUAAUGUUAUUAAGAAAAACACGAACGAAAUAGUUAUCUACAAGUGAUAUGUCACUGAUCUAAGAAUCUCAGAUAUAGACAAUGUACUUGCAUAAACAAAGAAAGGUGAGUACAUGGUGGACAUCUGAAACAAAGUGUGGGACUCCGACAAUUAAAUUCAAACGUUAUUAUUUUCACUUCCUAUUUCUGUAAAUUGAUGAAGAUUGUAUGUUAUGCUUCCAAGAGAAAACUUUACAUGUUAUGAAAGAAUAAGGUAAAAGUUAAAGUUUGCUUAAUGGCUACCCGAAUUAAGAAUGUUGGCAGCGUUCACCGUAUCAUUGCCAUUAAGUAUAUAAGUGAUCAUUCCUUUCACACGUGCUAAAAUCGAUUGGAUUGUAAAUAUGAGUGAGAUAUUGAACUAAAUGUAUAAAUAUGUAUGGCAAUUAUAUAACUUAGAUAAUGUACGAAUUUUCAGCAUUCCAUGUGACAUUCCUUUUCAUCGAUAUUAUUUUGCAAGCAUCCAUGCUCAAAUUUGACAUUUAGCAUCAGUAUCUUUUAUUUUGUCUCAAAAGAUUGCGCUCAUAUUUAACGCUUUCAUAACACAAUGCAUUAUUCCUAUUCUUUAAUAGACUCUAUCAUUGCACAGUCAAACAAUUUAACUACAAAUUCACUUAGUAAAUGUCAUUUCAUUUCUGGUAAUCAUAUUUCAAUUAAGGUGAGCAUAUCAGCUGUAAUAUCACGUGUACAAUGGAGGCAGUAUAGAGCCUCUUGUUAUCAAAACCAUCUGAACGGAAAACACAAGAGUGCCACCACAUAAUUACUGUUACAUACAUGUUUAUUUUUGUUUACAUUAAGGGUGAGCUCACAUCUCCCGUUAUAUUUUUUCUACCUUUUAUACAUCGAAUUGAUUUGUAUGUUAAUAUUCCUCCACUAUAUAUCACAAGAUGCAUUUUUUUUACUUCUUACCACAGGGAAAAUUGCAAGACUCCGGUUUCAUCAACAUUUCUUAACUAAGGCAUUCCUUGACCUAACAUUUUCCAUCGGACAGCAUGUAUGAAUUAGAGGAAAAUUCCUUACCUAAGAUAAUUUCUAUAAAUUUAGCAAUGCUUUUUCACUGGAGAAUGGUAAGCUUAUCAAAUUGUUUAAGUUAAGAAACAUUUAAAGACAAGUAAAGAAACCAGGGCCACACUAUUCUCUUAUAUAUGUUACCUAUGAUAUUAAAGUUUGGUAUGUGACUACGAAGUGGUGUUAGUGUUGUGCUCCUUAUUAGAUAUGAAUACGUAUCCUUGUUACGUACUGAUUUAAGAAGUCGGAACAUAAUUAGCAAAUUGUAAUUCAUGCUUUUACCUCUGUCCGAGACAAUUUAAAUAGCCAACCUGACCUUAAACCAAACUGCAUAUGUCCAUAAAAUUCAUUAUUUGGAAUUCAUUAAGGAAGACAAUAACCAGACUUUUAAAAUUGUAACAUAUUUAUGGGUCCCAAAACAAUAAUUUAUAGUAUAUAUUUACUUUCUUCAUAAAGUUCUUUAUGGGUCAUAUCAGCAUCAUUUGUUCUUCAAUUUGCCGCUUUUUUCAGGAUACCCUACAAUAUUAAAGCCAAAAACAGCCUGUAGCCUAUUUCUACGACUUUUGACGGUUGAUGGACCUAUAAUCUGAAAUUCAUAUACUUGCCUAUUCAGUCCACCAAUGUUAAAACCAUGCUGUUAUUUAAAGUUUAUUUCGGGUGAUUUUGAAAUUAACUA